AUUAGCGAAAGGUCAAACAAAAAAAUUAUUUAAUUUGACUUUCAAAUGAAAAAUGCAUUAGGAGAGCUGAACUGAAGAGAGUAUUUGUUUAAAUUAAGAGGAAAUUGAAAUUUCGUAAGAAGUGUUCUGCUAGUGUUUUGAUAGAAAGUGCAAUUAUUUCUGUCUGCAAUUGAAAUUUAAAUGACUUUGUAUGCCGGAAAAAUUCAUCCUCAAUAAAAUAAGUGGAAGAAGACUUUUUAUUGUAUGUUUGAUUGUAGUAUUUACACAAUGUGCAGAUUGUUCCUAUGGUGAUCGUUCUCCUAUUUAUAAGAAGUGUUUGCAGUGGUGUAGUGCAAACAAUUGCUCUAACUCCACUCGCUUAGCAGAAUUUGAAGCUAAGAGACCUUGGUAUUUAUCCUUUCUGCAAUGGGAAUGCUGGGAUGAAUGUGAACAUUUUUGUAUGUGGCAUGCUGUUAAACUCUUCCAAAGUAGUGGCCAGUCUGUACCUCAAUUUCAUGGAAAAUGGCCUUUCUAUCGUUUUUGGGGUCUGCAAGAACCAGCUUCAGUUUUGUUCUCCAUUUUAAAUGGAUGUGUUCAUUACUUCACAUGGCAGAAAUUUAGAAAAUCUGUUCCUAAAGGACCUUACAAUACAGUCUGGAAUAUUCAAGCAGUGCUAUCUAUAAAUGCAUGGUUCUGGUCAGCAGUUUUCCAUGCGAGAGAUACUCCUUUUACUGAAAAACUUGACUAUUUCUGUGCAUUUUCCAUGGUCUUAUACUCAUUUUAUUCCUUAUGUGUAAGGAUAUGCUCAAAUACAAACUUAUGGAUGCCAAUUGCUCUAGCUGUGCCAUUUUUAUCUUUCUUUUGCUACCACAUACAUUACUUGACUUAUGUGAGAUUUGAUUAUGGAUAUAAUUUAAAAGCCAACAUUGCAAUCGGUCUUAUUAAUUCAUGUGGUUGGAUUAUGUGGUGUUACAAGUAUCGCCAUAAGUCAUAUGUUUGGAAGUGUGCUGUAUCAGUGAUAAUUGUUAAUAUACUGUUAUUGUUAGAGCUUUGUGAUUUUCCACCAUGGAGAUUUAUUAUAGAUGCUCAUGCGCUUUGGCAUUUAGGAACAAUACCAGUGCCUUUACUUUGGUAUAGAUUUUUGACUGAUGACUGUUUGUCUGACGGGAAAGAAAAGCAAUACAAUGUGAAAGAUGAUAGGAAAGUUGCUUAGCUAGUAUGUGAGGAGAAGAAUCAACUUAGGGUUAAAAGUGCUAAAUAUUAAUUUUGUUGAAUAACUAUAAAAAUUUUUUUUGAAACUUUGUUUUAAGAUUUCUUUUUUGAUGAAUUUAUAUAAUCAUUAUUUUUUGUGAAUUAUAUAAAUUGUUAAAAUUAUGUUUUUGUGAUUUCUGUUUACAUAAUGGAAAUUUUAGUCUGAAAGACAAUGCUUUUUGAUUUUGGGAAUUUUUAAAAAUAGCAAAAUUUAUUUUUAAUUUACUUGGCUUUCAAAAUUUCUGUGUAAUCAGUCAAAUAGGGUCCCAUUUUGGAAAAAUGUUAUAGAUAUAUAUUCAUUAAAGAUAAUUAACUUCAUUAUAACUAAAUUGUAUUGUGUUUGUAAAGUAAUGCUUGGUGUUGGUUUUUUUAAAAUUAGUUUUACUAAUUAUUCUUGUUGAACCUCAAAGUUUAUUAAUAUUGUUAUUGAUGUCUGCAUUUAAGAUGCUUUUAUUUGCAUCCAUGUGAUAUAAUACUUUAUUGUUUGUUACACAUAAAAUAUUUAUUACUGAGUGCUUCAUUCUGCUAGGGUUGUGCUGGUCUUGCAAAAAUUAAUCAAAAAGAAAAGCAUAUCAUAACUAUGAGCAAUAAAUGUUUCAAAUGAGUGUGUUCCUAAAUGUGUAAAAUGUUUAAGGUAAAUUACUGUUCAAUGUGUGUAUGUGAAUAUUUUUUUUUUCUUUUGAUAAAAAACUAUAGUUGUGCAGUGAGAAAAAAAGAACCUAAUUUUCAUGUACUCAGUGCCAAUCUUAAAACCUGAUAUCUAAUUGACUAAUUAAUUAGUCCUGAAUCAAAUUUGAAGAAUUACAUACAAAAAUCUAGUUUCUGUGAAUAAAUAACAUUCUUUUUCACAGAUUUAGAUUUCAGUAACUGAAAUCUGGAAUUAAAGUCCCUUUAUAUUUGUCAGAAGAGCGAUCAAAUAAUUAGAUCCAGUAAUGAGAAAUUAAAAUUUAUUGUAUUUCUCUAUAUCCUCUCUGUAACUGUUAAGCAAAUCAUAUGCUUUUUUAAACAAUUAUAAACUUCAUUUAUCCAAAAAUAAUGAUAUGUUAAAAAAAAAGUUUUGUAAUUAUUUAUUAUUUUUUAAU